CACCCCCUAACUUUUUUUUCUUUGCGGAGAAGAAGCUGUAAAUGUUUUGUAGCUGCCAGCAGCUGUUUCCUGUGGAAACCUGGGGUGCCGGCCUGUACAGAUCCUGUUCUUGGGGGGCUGCAUAGCCCCCUUGCUUUGUGUUAUUGGGGACUUCCCCUUUGUGCCCUGCGUGCACCCCUCCCCAGUUUAGGGGUCUCUAGGGGCAGUGGCCAUGUUCUCCCCCUGGGGGGGGCCCUGUGCCCCCAGUCCUAGGGACUCCGUGCCUGGAACCCUGCCUCAUCUUCUGUUCCUGCCAGACCCUGUGGGUCACCCUCCCACCCUGGCGUCUGGAAGCUCCUGCUCCGCCAGGCCAGGAUGGUGGGGGGGCGGGCCCUUCCUGUUGGGCUGGAUUGUACAUAUGUUAAUAGCGCAAACCCAACGCCACAUUUUUAUAAUUGUGAUUAAACUUUAUUGUACAAAAGUGCUUGGUCAGUAUCUUUGGGGAAGAGUAGGUGGGGGAACGGGGAUUUAAGGACAGAGGAUGGGUCAAGUGAAGAGGGGGGGAAAUGGGUGGCCUGAAGUUUGGGGUGGGUAGACCUACAGACUCAACCACCAUUGCUCUGGGCCACCUAUUAGGGUGGAAUAGUCAUCCAGAAAUCCCCCACCAAGGUCAGCCAGAGCUGGGCCAAGGUCGGCCUCCCUUUCCUUCCCAGACCCACAGCUGCCGCUGGGCUUCUGGGAUCCUGGGAAAUCCUGCAAAAGGGGAGGACUGACGUCAUGCGGUGGGCAUGAGGUCACUGCGCCUGCUCCAUCCUCCGGCCCACCCAGCAGGUUCUGGCUUCAGUCCCCUUCCCCAAGUUCUUGGCUGGAACCAGACGCCGGUGGACUGCAGAGUGGCCGCCAGGGGGCGCCCUCUGGCAAGAGUGCGGGGGACGGAGGGGUGGAGGCUGGGCUCGUGUCUGUUCCUGGAAUGGGGCAGGAGGGAGGAGGAGCAAGCGGAAGGGGACGGUGUGUUGGCCGGCUGGCCCAGGCGAAGCAAGAAGACUGCCCCUCCGGUGGCCAGCUGGGGUAUCCUGGGACCGUGGCUGCAGGUAGGCAAAGGCAUGGCCGAGGCUACUGAGAUCCAGAAGCUCGUGUACCUGGUCACAGGUGGCUGCGGCUUCCUGGGGGAGCAUGUGGUACGGAUGCUUCUGCAGCGGGAACCCCGGCUCUCGGAGCUGCGGGUGUUUGACCUGCGCCUGGGUCCCUGGCUGGAGGAGCUGAAGACAGGGCCCGUGCGGGUGACUGCCAUCCAGGGGGAUGUGACCCAGGCCCACGAGGUGGCCGCAGCUGUGGCUGGAGCCCACGUGGUCAUCCACACAGCUGGCCUGGUGGAUGUGUUUGGCAGGGCCAGCCCCGAGACCAUCUAUGAGGUCAACGUGCAGGGCACAAAGAACGUGAUUGAGGCUUGUGUGCAGACUGGAACACGGUUCCUGGUCUACACGAGCAGCAUGGAGGUUGUGGGGCCCAACAUCAAAGGCCACCCCUUCUACAGGGGCAAUGAGGACACCCCAUACGAAGCAGUACACAAACACCCCUAUCCUUGCAGCAAGGCCCAAGCUGAGCGGCUGGUCCUGGAAGCCAAUGGAAGAGAGGUCCAUGGGGGGCUGCCCCUGGUGACAUGUGCCCUGCGUCCCACUGGCAUCUACGGCGAAGGCCACCAGAUCAUGCGGGACUUCUACCACCAGGGCCUUCGCCUGGGGGGUCGUCUCUUCCGGGCCAUCCCGGCCUCUGUGGAGCACGGUCGGGUCUAUGUGGGCAACGUGGCCUGGAUGCACGUGCUGGUGGCCCGGGAGCUGCAGCGACGGGCGGCGCUGCUGGGCGGCCAGGUGUACUUCUGCUACGACGAGUCCCCCUAUAAGAGCUACGAGGACUUCAACAUGGAGUUCCUGGGCCCGUGCGGACUGCGGCUGGUGGAGACCCGCCUGCUGGUGCCCUACUGGCUGCUGAUGCUUCUGGCUGCUCUCAACGCCCUGCUGCAGUGGCUGCUACGGCCCCUGCUUCUCUACGCUCCCCUGCUCAAUCCCUACACGCUGGCCGUGGCCAACACCACCUUCACCGUGAGCACUGACAAGGCUCGGCGCCAUUUCGGCUACGAGCCCCUGUUCUCGUGGGAGGACAGCCGGAGCCGCACCAUCCGCUGGGUGCGGGCCGUGGAGGGUUCCGCCCCGUGACCGCGCAGCGAGGGCCUGGAGCCCAGCAAGGGCCUGGAGCCCAGCGUGGCACAUGCGCACAUGCGACCAGGUCCGGAGCCCUCAAACCCGGGGGGGAGGGGGAGGGCUGCAUUCUAGAGCCAGAGGAUGGGUCUGGGGCCACCCUGGCUGUCCCUACAGCUCUCCACGUUUCUAAUCCACGAGCCCGGAGUCCGUGUCCUCAUGCCUCGAAGUUCUAGGGCAGGCUAUUGGGACAGGCGUGUCUUGCCUCGCAGGCCGGGCCUGACGGCUGGUUGGCGAAUGUCCGACUUGCCUGACGUUCUCAACCGCGCUGUCCCGUUUCUGGCUUUCCAAGCAGCUAGCGAGGAGGAGUUCCCCAGGCUGCGUGGCGGCCCUCUGAGGUCCAGGCGUGACCCUCGGGCCUGGAUUCGAGUGAAGAUACCUCUGGCUCCUCCCACCACCUUCGGCCCUCCUCGGGGGUCCUCGUCCCGUUAUUUUAAAAACAUUUAUCACCUUUAGACGGCUCUCUUUUCUUUUCAAUGGAGCCUAAGCAGAUCUGCGUGUUUUCCCUUCUUCCCACCCCUGCACCCAAACUGGUUCCUACAACAUUGCGCUGUACCUGGCCGAGGCCUGGAUUAAAGCUCCUUAUCCAAA